GAAUCAACCAGAGAAGUGGCUGUAAACAGUAUAUUUAACCAACCCACCUGAGCCUCCCUCUACAGCUCCAGCAGCAGCACGCUCACAGACACUGCGCAUGCCCGAGAGAACUUAAUAGGAAUGCUGCUUCACGUCUCAAGACAUCUCACAUUCAGUAACCAUCAUGGGCAGUUAAGAAAAUUAGGCUAGGUAUCUGCUGUGUGGAGGACAGACGGUUAGUAAUACCCCGGAGCGUCCCUCCUCUCUUCCCACUCAGGCCGUCCAGCAAGUUUCCAGCACCAUGGCUGAAGAAGACUAUGGCAGCUUUGUGGACUGGAACCAGAUGGGGGAUCUGGCCAAGAGCAGCGGGCCCACCAAGGUAGACUGUAAAGACCUGAAAGAGUUCAAACAGAUGGCUCGGCAGGGUUACUGGGCCAAAAACCACAAACUACGGGCACAAGUCUACCAGCAGCUCAUCAAAGCCAUUCCCUGUCGUACAGUUACCCCAGAUGCAGAAGUAUAUCGUGACAUUAUGGGAAAUGCAGCCACUAAGAAGCCCUCCUCCCACAUCCCACUUCCAGACUUUGUUGAUGGUAGUCCUGUGCCACGGUACUGCCUGAAGGCAGAGGCAGUAGCCUCGGCCCAUCAAAUUAUCAACUGCCUGGCUGGACAGUUUCCAGAUAUCUCCCACUGCCCAUCACUACCGGCUGUUACUUCAUUGCUGCUGCACUUCAGUAUAGACGAAGCUCAGUGUUUUGAGCUUGUCAGCCGCAUGCUGGCCUGCAACGAGCCGGGCAAACGACUGCUGGACCAGACUUUCCUAGCCUAUGAGUCUAGCUGCAUGACUUUUGGUGACCUGGCCAACAAGUACUGCGCACCUGCCCACAAACUGAUUGUGGCCACAGCCCAGGAUGUGCUUGAAGUCUACUCAGACUGGCAAAGCUGGGUGUUGGGUGACCUGCCUUUCAGCCACACGGUCAGGAUCCUGGAUGUCUACCUAGUGGAGGGCUACAAGAUUCUCUUCCGUGUGGCUAUAGCCUUGCUCAAGUUCUAUCGCAAGCAUAAAGCAGGGGUCCAGGGAGGCCAGGGCAACCAGCAGCAGCAGGAUUCAGGCAAAGUUAAGGCAGACAUUCAAGCUUUCAUCAAGGGCAUUGCCUCCACUGUCUCACCCGACAAGUUGCUAGAGAAGGCCUUCUCCAUCCGUCUGUUUAGCCGUAAGGAGAUCACCCUGCUGCAGCUCACAAAUGAAAAGUCCCUGCAGCAGAAAGGAAUCACUGUCAAACAGAAGCGUUUUAGGCGGAAUGUGCAGCUGGCACUUAACCCUGACACCUUCUCCUCUGAGAUUGUCAGUGCCAAGGAGAUGCGGGACAUCUGGUCGUGGAUCCCUGAGCGCUUCGCCCUGUGUCAUCCUCAACUCCUCUUCACCACCUCCACCCAUGGUUGCAGCCUGAACAGAUUCUACUCACAUUGUGAAGGCUACGAACCCACUCUGCUCCUCAUCCGGACCACAGAUGGCGAUGUAUGUGGCGCCUUCCUGUCCUCAGAUUGGGAGGAGCGGAAGAGAGGAGGCAACAAAUUGAGCUUCUUUGGCACAGGAGAGUGCUUUGUCUUUAGGCUGAAGCCAGAGAUGGAGCGCUAUGAGUGGGUAGUGAUCCGCCACCCUGAGUUAGCCUCCUCCAUCAAGACUCAGGGCCAGGAUGACACAGCCUCCUCUGAGGGGCUAAACUCAGACAACAAUAGCUUACAGCAGCCAGAGAAACCUGCUGGAGACCUGUCGCCCUUCCUCUCCGCCCGCCACUUCAACCUUAACUCCAAGAAUACUUCCAUGUUCAUGGCUGGCAACUUUGACUCCAUCAUAGUGGGGGGAGGUGAAGGCAACGCUCUCUACAUUGACUCGGAGCUUAACCAUGGGCGCACUGGCAGGUGCACCACCUUUGACAACCCACCCCUGUGUGCUGAGAGCUUCCAGGUUUCACUGCUAGAAGUGUGGGGCUUCCAGGAUGCCAUGGCCUCAUAAUGCUGUAAACAUACAUCCAUGUAGAUCCAUACAGACAUGGACACAUAAGUGCAUAUUCAUACACACACAUUUUAACACUUAAACAUAUUAAGAAAUUAAGUGUCCAGCAAAGUGUUUGAGGUGGAAAACACAGAUAUGCAAACAGAACUACAUCCGUCCUGCAUAUUCAACUAUUUUUUAUUUAUUAAUGCAUUUAAUCCAUAUUUCAACAUGUGAACAAAAAUGUGAUAUUUUUGUUUUUCUGUUUAUUUUUGUAUUUCCAGAUUUGUAUUAUGUUAGUGUUUGGUAAUAUGGAGGAAGUGUUCAGGAUCAACUCUCGAUUAAGCCAAUUUAAUGUUCAUUUAGAGGGUUUUUGUAUGUCGGCUGUGAUGUGUUCAUGUUCAUGCUGAGCUGAAACAUUUGAAUUUCUGAAUGUAAAUUCAGUCUUUUAUUUUCUGUGGUUUAGCUCAGUCUGCCAAAUUUACUGUAUAGGUAGCUCUGCAGUCCUUAAAAAAUGUUAUUUACCAGGCCAUGUUGAUAAACUGAGGUUUACGAUAAAAUGUGUGAAGUCAAGGGUUGGUUUGGUGAGACGUGUUUUUAAAUGUUGGAAUACUAAAAUUAAGACGAAGUGAAUAUGUACCAGAUCAGCUAGAUUUUUGGUCCUGUCGCAUUUUCCCACACUUUUUGAUUUGCUGUACAUAUGUGGGAGAUCUAAAUGAAUUAACGUGGUAAGUGUUUGUGAAUAUCAGUGGUGAAUUUGGGUGUUGCCAUUUUGCACCAUAUGUCUACGCUUUCUUUUGAAUGGGUGGCAGUUUCUCCUUUGUAUUGUAUAUGAAUAUUCAUGUGAAUAACAGUACACACUUUUUUUAAAGAAAAAACUCAAGCGGUGUUUUUGGUUUACAAGUAAUUGAGAUAAGUUUGUUCAUCUUUCUCUUCUUCUUACCAUUUUCCUCUUACUUCCGUCCUUUCCAGUGUGAAGAUAGUAACAAAAAAAGUCCAAAAUUGUGCCCUGUUGGCAAAGUGUUGGGGUUAUACACCCUAUUUAUAUCUGUGUGUUCAAACAUGUGCUCCAGUAAAAUAUCAAGUAACUACAAAUGUAUUCUACAUGUGAAAAUACAGCAAUAUGCUUUCAGUA